AUGUCGGGGAAAUAUAAAGGAGUACAAGCUAGAAUUCUUAAUUUACAACCAAAAGCGUCUUAUACACAUUGUGCAUCACAUCGGUUAAAUUUAACAUUAUUAAAAGCUUGCAAUAUACUACCAAUAAAAAAAUUAUUUUCGACCGUUAAAGAAGUAUGCGAUUUUGUACGUGAUUCCCCGAAAAGAGUUGAUUUGUUUAAAAAAGUAAUCAUUGAACAUUUACCGACAUCAAAAUCUAUUAUUUUAAUAAAACUAUGCGAAACGCGAUGGGUUGAAUCUCAUGAGGCGAUUCUUAGAUUUUCGGAUAUGCUUUUGCCUAUUAUAAUAUUCUUGGAAGAUAUAAUAGGUAAUAUAGAUGGAAAUAUACUUUCAAAAUGCAAUGGACUUCUUCAAUCAGUAUUCAAUUUUGAAUUUAUUUUGUCUUUGGAAGUAGCGGUCGAAAUACUGUCAAUAACUUUGCCAAUAUCACGUCAGCUACAAAAUCCAGAUUUAGAUUUAACAAAGUGUAUUGAAAUGAUAAAUCUUGUGUUGGUUGCUCUUAAAAAUAACAGAGAAGAUACAAAAUUUACUGAUACUUUUAAUCGAUCUGUGUCUAAAUCAGGCGUGUUAAAUAUUGAUGUUAAAAUUCCACGGAUGUGUAAAAGACAAGCUCACCGAUUAAAUUUAACUACUUCAAGUACUGAAGUUAAUAUAGAAAUAAAUAUUAUUUAA